AUGCAUUUAUUAUUUUUCGUAUGCGUUUGUCUUAAUUUCUUAACUUAUAUCUUCACAAGUCCAAUAACUUAUGAAGAUGUUCGAGGUACACCUUAUAAAGUAUCAUAUGAUAAUCGAGCUAUCACAAUUAAUGAUGUUCGAACAAUGCUUAUAGCCGGUGCUAUUCAUUAUCCACGUUCAACACCUGGUAUGUGGCCUUAUAUAAUGAAAAUGGCAAAAAAUCAAGGUUUGAAUACUGUUCAAACUUAUGUAUUUUGGAAUAUACAUGAACAAAGACCAGGUGUACUUGAUUUUAGUGGUCGUGCUAAUUUAAGUCAAUUUUUACAAGAUGCUGCUGAUGCUGGUUUAUUUGUUAAUUUACGCAUUGGUCCAUAUGUAUGUGCUGAAUGGGACUAUGGCGGCUUACCUUCUUGGCUUAAUCAAGUACCUAAUAUAUCAUUUCGUUCACAUAAUCAAGCAUGGGAAGCUGCUAUGCGUAAAUUUGUAAUGAGCAUUGUUGAAUAUGUUAAUCCAUAUUUGGCAAAAAAUGGUGGUCCUAUUAUUUUAGCUCAAAUUGAAAAUGAAUAUAAUGGUGAUGAUCAAGCUUAUGUUGAUUGGUGUGGUAGUUUAGUAACAAAUGAAUUAUCUUCUACAGAUAUUCCAUGGAUUAUGUGUAAUGGUCGUGCAGCUAAUUCAACAAUUGAAACAUGUAAUUCAUGUAAUUGUUUAGAUGAUGGUUGGAUUGAUCAUCAUCGCCAUGAUUAUCCAGAUAAACCAAUGUUAUUUACUGAAAAUGAAGGUUGGUUUCAACCAUGGGGACAAGCUGUUGCUAUUCGUACAACAUCUGAUGUUGCUUAUUCAGUUGCUGAAUGGUUUGCUGGUGGUGGUUCUUAUCAUGCAUAUUAUAUGUGGCAUGGAGGCAACAAUUACGGAAAUACAGCGGCUUCAGGUAUUACAACAAUGUAUGCAGAUGAUGUACUUCUUCAUGCUGAUGGUACACCAAAUGAACCUAAAUAUACACAAUUAAGUCGUCUUCAACAUUUAAUUGCCGAUCAUGCUGAAGUUUUAUUAAGAAAUUAUUCUACUCGUACACCAUUACCGUGGUGGGAUGGAACAAAAUGGUCAAAUGGUACUCAACAAUUUGUUUAUUCUUAUCCACCAGCACUUCAUUUUGUUUGUAAUCAAGCUGAUAAAACAUUAGGAGUACUUUUCCAUAAUCAAAAUAUUUCUAUGACUAGUCAAUCUGUUCGUAUAUUUGAUGAUAAUUUAAAUUUAUUAUGGGAUAGUGCUAAUGUAAGUGGUAUUCCAAGUGAUAAUACUGAAAUUUUUCCUGUUGUUAUUGGUCCAUUAGAUUGGCAAACAUGGUCAGAACCAGUUAUAUCAAAUUUACCCGUAGUUACUUCUCCAAAUCCAAUUGAACAAUUAAAAAUAACAAAUGAUGAAACUAUUUAUUUAUGGUAUCGUCGUAAUAUAACAUUAACACAAACACAAUCCCAUACAAUUGUUCAAGUUGAAACACGAAGAGCAAAUGCUUUAUUAUUCUUUUUAGAUGGAGAUUAUUUAGGAGAAUUUGAUAAUCAUGAUCAUGAUCAAGGUUCAUUAACAGCAACUGUAGCAUUAGAUCUUUCAACUUAUAAACCAAAUCAACAAUAUACAUUUGAAAUUCUUUCAAUUUCACUUGGUCUCAAUAAUGGUGUAUCGGAAAAUAAUUUUGAACAUAAAGGUAUUGUUGGAAAUGUAUGGAUUAAUGAUCAAUUAUUAGCUAAUGAUGAAGCAAAUCUUUGGGAACAUCAAAAAGGUUUAGUUGGAGAAUUUUUACAAAUUUAUACAGAACAAGGAUCAUCAAGAGUUGAAUGGAAUCCUCAAUGGACAAAAGGUAUUAAUAAACAAAUAACAUGGUUUCAAGCAAGAUUUAAUCUUGAUCAUCUUGUACGAGAAGACCUUAAUGCUAAUCCUGUUUUACUUGAUGCUCGAGGUCUUAAUCGUGGUCAUGCAUUUAUUAAUGGAAAUGAUCUUGGUCUUUAUUGGUUAAUUCAAGGUAUUUGCCAAGAUAAAGCACCAUGUUGUUGUCAACAAGCACAAAUCAAUUGUUUAGAGCCAACUCAACGUUAUUAUCAUAUUCCGUCAGAUUGGCUUAUGCCAAAAAAUAAUUUAAUUACAAUAUUCGACGAUUUAGGUGCACCAUCACCAGGUUCUGUGGGUCUUGUACAACGUGUUAUUAUAGCUUAG